AUGGCCCAGACCCCGGCAUCUUCAGGGUUCUCCCCCCUUAAAUCCCUUGUCAUAUACACUUCCCAAACGUCCGGUCUCGAGAAAACCCUCCGCCUUAUCCAAGCCACCUCUCAAGUCGUUGGCGUAACUACUGCCAGCAAAGCCCUGGCAACACAAUGCCUGACGGCGCGUGAUCAGCUAGCCCUAACCCGGCGCUACUUCCGCCUCCUUGACUUCUAUGGGUGCUUUGAGCGCGUGCAUUUCCUUAUUAAUACGCCUUCAUCAACUGGAACGAUACUCUCCGUCAUGGAGCUUGCGCAGUACACGUUCCUGGGACUUUAUCUGUUGCUGGAGGACCUCACGAUUCUGCAUGACAUGGGCGUCGCCCGGGUCGACUGGUACCAUCCGCUUAUGACAGAGGCAAAUAAGUUCUGGUUUUAUGCGUUGAUGCUUUCAGUCAUUCGCUGCACAUGGGAGCUCUUCUUCCCGUCGGCACCGGUGACACCAAGCAAGACCUCUAGCUCUGGAAGCGAGAAGUCUAAGGCUAGGGGUCAGCAGCCACAGCCCAGUCCACCCAAGUGGCCGCUUGUUAAACGGAUCAUCAUCGAUGGCUGCGACCUGACUCUUCCGGGGUCAUUCCUGGGGUGGACUCCAGUUACAUCGUUGCAGAUUGGGCUUGGGAUGGUUCUUAGCACUGUGUUGGCGGGGCAUGAUGUUUGGGCUGCGCAGCAGUAA